CCAGCAACAAGACGUACUUUUGUUCGGCAGCCUUGUAGAAGGCGCCCGGCUCAAAGAGCGGCAAAGAAGAUGACAUGGCGAAGGAAGAUUGGCCUCAGGCACGGCAGAAGGCGAGGCGCAGAUGGCAGAAGAGAAACACAGAAGAUGAGGCCAUCACAGGAGCAGGUCGCGUGUGUGGCAGCGGCGGUGGCAGUGGCCUCGCCGCGCCUGCUCGGUCUGGCCUGGGGAAGGAGGGGAAUCCGAGUAAAGCAGGCAAUAAUAUCGAUCAAUGCGAAUGCAGCCCAGACCCACACAAGCUCGCCCUUAUCGCGCCGUCGAAACAGCUUAUUUCGUCCUUAUCUGGCCAUCGUCUACGGCAAGCACCAGUUCUUGUAGGUGCAUGUAGGUGGAAAAUGCACCUGUCUGGCUUCUGGCCCGGUGCCAUCGCUCAGAUCAAGCAGAAACUCACUAUCGCGGGAAAGCGUGCGAUCCUUGGCCGACAACCAGCAUAUCAUGGCUGCUUGCCUGGCUUAUCAUUGGCUGUGACUAGUCCUAUCCUAUCCUAUCCUACACCUAGCACCAUUCAUCUGCAUCCAUCAGUGCUCCGUCGGACUGCAGCUACGUUUUUCGGGUGCUGGCAUAAUUUUUCUCUUCGAGUGCAGAGUCUAUUAUCUAUUCGCCAUUCAUUGAUGCCGUGGAACGCUUUACCAGCCUAGAAUGACUAAAGGAUGGAUUCUUCUGUUUUAGUCUGGUGUCGUAACAAAUUGCGAUCGCCUCAGCCUGAAUAGCCUGGUGAU